UGGGAAAUGAAGGGAGGAGGGAACUACUUUCCCGAAACUUGCUGUGCUGCACACGACUUCGAGUUGCAGUGAUUCGCCCGGGGGCCGCAGCUUUCAGCCCUCCUACCAACACAUCCUCACAACCCGGAUACCCUGCUCGGCAACCUCAUCCCGUGCCCGCCGUGGCCCCAGGGGGAAACCAGCAGCCGGGCGAAGUCGUGAGGGACUACUUCGCCUCCUUCUCCCGCGGGCGCCCCUGGUUCGGGCAGCGGUGGCGGCGGAAGGAGCGGGCGACGUGAGCGCUUCCGCCGCCCCCCUUCACGACUCCCCACCCACGGGCGUGAGGAGCUGGCCCGCGGAGCUGCUGGUGGGCAUUGGCUGGCUGGGGAACCUGGGCUGCUCUCUUCGCUCUCCCGCCGCUUUUUGAGACCCGGCCCCCAGUGGCCCGCCCGCUUUUCUCUUCGCCCGGCCCAGGUGGGGGGCCAUCGGCUGGCCUUCACCCCGCCUCACACGCUCCCCGCCGCCCCCUCCUCCCGGUUUAGGAGGAGUGCAGACUGGAGCGUGUCUAGAGGAAUCCGCUGCCGCCGCGGGCCCGUCGCUCCGUUCUGCUAGUUCCUGAGGAGGGACCCGGUCGUCGCCGAGGACUGAGCGGGCAGUCGGCGGCGAGGCGGGAGAUGGUGGGCUGGGCUCCGGCAGGACCACGCCGCCGCCACCCGGAGCCUGGGCUCGGCACCUCCCCGCCCGCCCCCACCGUGCAGAGCGCUGCUUCCUCUUCGCCGCAUCCCUGAGGGAAGCGCCGCCUCUGCUCCGGGGUUCUUCGCCCGCCCGCUCCUUCCUGGCCAGACCCGGCUGCGCUCCACCCCAGGGGUUGUAGGAGCAGCUCUCCAGUUAGCCUUUUACAAUUCCCUUUCCUUUUUUCCUUUCCACUCACUCUCUCCCUCCUCGGAUCCCUUGACUGGGGGCUGAGGCUGGGGUCGCGACGGCGGAGGUUGCUGCCGCCACCCCCCUGCGGGGGUGGCCGGGGUUCCCGGCUGGGGGGGCACCGUUCCGGGUGAGACGUCCACCAUGGUGAGGCCCCUGAGCUACUACCCCCGCGCCCCCCCGGCCGCCGCUGCCUACUGCCUCUCGGUGCUGCCGCUACUCCUCCGCCUGCUGUUGCUCCUCCAUCUCCAGAUCGGAUCACGGUGAGGGAAAGAUGAGCGAGGAGACGGUGACUUCUGACAACGAUAAUAGUUAUGCACGAGUGCGAGCUGUGGUGAUGACCCGGGAUGACUCAAGUGGUGGAUGGUUACCACUUGGAGGAAGUGGACUGAGCUGCGUCACUGUCUUCAGAGUCCCUCACCAGGAAGAGAAUGGAUGUGCUGACUUUUUUAUCCGUGGAGAGCGACUCAGGGACAAAAUGGUGGUUUUGGAAUGUAUGCUUAAAAAGGACCUUAUUUACAAUAAGGUCACUCCAACAUUUCAUCACUGGAAGAUCGAUGAUAAAAAGUUCGGGCUUACCUUUCAAAGUCCUGCUGAUGCUAGAGCUUUUGAUAGAGGCAUUCGAAGAGCUAUAGAGGAUAUUUGUCAGGGAUGCACAGCAUCAAAAAAUGAAGCUGAAGGAGGCGAACAUGACUUACAAGCAACUGAUGAAGAUACUUGCAGUUCUUUAAUGAAAGAUCACCCUUUCCAGCAAGAAACAGUUGUUACCAGUGAGCCAUAUAGAAGCUCAAAUACAAGACCUUCUCCUUUUGAAGAUCUGAAUGCCAGAAGAGUCUACUUGCAAAGUCAAGCCAAUCAGUUAACAUUUGGUCAACCAGGCCUAGACAUUCAGAGCAGAGGUAUGGAAUAUGUACAGCGGCAAAUAUCCAAGGAAUGUGGAAGCCUGAAGUCCCAAAAUAGGGUCCCUUUGAAAUCUAUCAGACAUGUCAGCUUUCAAGAUGAGGAUGAGAUUGUCAGAAUAAACCCUCGUGAUAUCUUAAUACGUCGCUAUGCAGACUACAGGCAUCCUGACAUGUGGAAAAAUGACUUGGAGAGAGAUGAUACUGACUCCAAUAUUCAGUUUUCAAAACCAGACAGUAAAAAACCAGACUAUCUCUACUCUUGUGGAGAUGAGACUAAAUUAAGUUCCCUCAAAGACUCUGUGGUAUUUAAGACACAGCCUUCCUCAUUAAAAUUUAAGAAGUCAAAACGAAGAAAAGAGGAUGGCGAACGUUCUCGCUGCAUAUACUGCCAGGAAAGGUUUAAUCAUGAAGAAAAUGGCAGAGGAAAAUGUCAGGAUGCUCCAGACCCUAUUAAAAGAUGCAUAUAUCAAGUUAGUUGCAUGCUCUGUGCAGAGAGCAUGCUGUAUCAUUGUAUGUCAGACUCAGAGGGAGAUUUUUCUGAUCCCUGUUCUUGUGACACUAGUGAUGACAAGUUCUGCUUGCGAUGGUUAGCCUUGGUAGCUUUGUCUUUCAUUGUACCAUGUAUGUGCUGCUAUGUCCCUUUGAGAAUGUGCCAUCGCUGUGGUGAGGCUUGUGGGUGCUGUGGUGGGAAACAUAAAGCUGCUGGAUGAAAUGAUCCAUUGCCAAAAUGAGCUUAAAAUCUUUGUUUCCAGGAAUUAGCUAACUUGGAUUUGUGGAGUUUUGGCAAGGAUUAUGGAAUCUUGCCUGGUAUCAUUGGGCCACAUGUGGAAGAAGCAGAACUUAUCAGUUCUUGGCAUUUCACAAAUACUGGCCAUGCCUAACUUUUUCCCUUGGGUUCAUGGCUUGUUUUGUUACAGGUUGUAAAGAGUGUUUGCAAAAGAAAACCAUUUCUGGUUAUUGGCUAUUAAAAGUGAGCAUAAAAUAUGAUCCAAAUAAAAAGGGAUUAAUUUUUGUAUAUUUUGGCAUUAGGUAAUGGGACUUUUAAAGAUUUGAAUUCAUUAGGACAUGAGCUAAAAGUGCAUUAGGAGAUGGUUGAUUUCAAUCUAAGAAAAGUUAACACUUGGAAAUUAUAAGAAGUAAAACAAGUGCAACUAAAUCAUUUAUUAGUUGUUUUGGGGAAGCAGUUUUAUGUAUAAAUAACAAAUGUUUAUAUUUAACUAAAUGUAAGGUACGAAUUAUUACGUAUUAAAUUUUUCUUCCCCUUCUUAAUUCUAAAGUAGAUAUGCUUAUAUCUACUGUCACAUUCCAUUAUAUUUUGAAUAUUUAACUCAUCUAGUUAAUGUUUUUAUUCCAUGUGAAUGAUUUGAUAUUCUCAUCCUUGUUUCCCUUUGGCUACAGUUUAUAUUGAGUUAUAUCUAUACAUUCUGGUAAUCGAAAAUCCUUAAAAAAUAUUCUAAUAGCCUUGAGUGACCAACUUUUUUUUUAAAGCACAGAUGUAAUUGUCUAAUGUUCUGAUGGGAACGUAACACUUAUUUUUAUAUAAAAAGAGACUGAGUCAACGUAGAAAAAAGUAGAGUUUUUUGGUGGUUGUUUUGUUUUUUUGUGGUAUUCAACCAGCAAGUUGUUUUCUUUCAGAGUUUCAUCCUUCAAAAAAUUAUAUUGCAUUUACAGAUGUUUUACAAGGCAAAAGGUUUAACUGGAUAGUUUGUUUAAAACAGUGUCCUCCUGUUUUAUCAUUUGACUAAACUAGGAUGUGUUCAGCUGUGCUAAUUAUAUUUUAGCUUAAUUUUAAGUGCUUAUAUUCAUAUAACAAUGGUAAUUUUCCUCAGUUGCGUUUUAGUUUUUAAACUUGGUCAAAGGUAAAAUUAUUUUAUGUUAUAAUGUGUGCUAAACUAUCCCAGGAAUGUAUUUAAUCCAACAUUGUGAAAGAAAUAUCUUGUACAUAUAAAUUUAUUUCUUCCAUGUAGUAUUGUAUUGUUGGAUGUUUAAUUUACAAAGUAGUUGGAUAAAUGUUCCAACAAAUUGCUUAAAGUACUUAUGGGUCAAAUUGUCUUUUUUUUUUUUUUUUAAUGUUACAUUAAAACUCUUAAUUAAGGGGUUCUUUGAGAACAUUCCCUUAGAGGGGUAAAGUUGAGAGUGUGCCUUUUUUUAAUGGCCUGAAGUUUCAGAGGUGAUGAAGAUUAAAAUCACACUACCAUUUGAAGCUCAUUUUCUAUGCAGGUUUUUAAGUGUCAUUUAUGUAUUUUUCUUUCUACAUGUCACCCUUAACACUUGUGUUAGCUUUCUUCUUUUGCCCCAGAUCAAACUGAACAAUGUAUAUAACACUAUCUGUCUGUAAAAUACUUUUUUUUUAAGAAAGCAUUUAUAUUUAUAUGACAGCUUGAACUGACAACAUUGUGUAUAUAGAUCAUCUUGAAGUAUUAUUUCACAUUGAAAAGAAGAAAAAUAUAUUGAUAACUAUAGAUGUUAUGAAGAAGAGGUUAUUUCUAGUUUUGUACUAAAAAUCAAUUGGAUGAACUAAAUCCAAACAUGACACUGUAGCAGCAGUUUUGAGUCUUAUUUUUACUGUUUAUAUAUUUGAACGCUGCUACACCAGAUGAUCUUCAUCCCUGAAGUUUUCAGCUAAACUUGGUUUCCUAGAAUAGACUGUUAACUUUCAAAAUUACUUUUUAUUGGUGAAAUGGAAAUAUGUUUUCCUUACAAAUGAAUUUUCAUAUUUGUAAGUGCUGAAUUUUAUCAUUCAGGUUUGAGCAAGGUGUGAAUAACUGAAGAAAAUAACUUGCUGGCUAUAUAGGAAAAUGCUGUGGAAACGAACUGUGUAUAUACUUCUGGGAAGAAUAAAUUUAAUCAUUUCUUCUGUUAAGCACUAAUCAGUAUAGUGCAACUCCUGGUUCUGUACUGUAUUUUAUAUGCAACGUAUAUGCUUUAAUAUUAUAACAUUUGUUCAUUAAUAUUUUCAAUUUGUUUAACCACUUUGCUGCUAAGAUUUUACCAUCUCAUCCCAUUUUUUUCCUUUAAAAUUUUAAACAGUUUUCUUCAUUAAAAACUAUGGUGAUGAAAUGGUUUUAUGUCACCUUGAAUCUUUGUAGUUAAUAUACCUAUUUUCCAAAUCAGUCUAGAAGACUAACUGAUAAUAUACUGUUAUCUUAAUCCCUAUGUAGAAACUUUUUCUUGAGUAAAUUAGAAUUCUUAUAUGAAAAUAAGUGGGUAGUUUAAAUCUCUCAUUCUUAUGCAUGUGUAUAGAUAUGUUCAGGAACAUUUUCUCAUUCUCCAUACAGAUUUGGCACUGCUACUUGGCUUUUUCUCUAAAACCUUUCUCUUUGUUUUUAAUCUGGUAGUAUAAGCAAAUAGCUUUAAAAAAAAAAAAACUGCUCAAUAGUGAAUAUUAAAUAAUGAAAUCAUCUAGAUGGCUUGACAAGCAAGAGUUUGGUAUGGCCUAAUCUUUUGUUCAAAAUUGAUAAUUCUUGAAUAAUAUUUCUCUUGACUUAGAAAAGGGAAUUAUUUGAUAUUUGAAGAAUUACAAAUUGUGGAACCUGAGCACCACCUACUGGAUGAUUUACAGACCAGAGGCAUGAAAUGGCAAUAGGGGCCUGAUAGGGUUCAUCACUACUACCAGUAAAGGGCUAUUAAAUAGUGGCCACAUCCUACCAGGGAAACCAGGAGUGAGAAAUAUCUCAAAGGGACUGUAAAAUAAUUCUUUUCCCUAAUGUGUCUUGUUGGUCACUGAAAGAUUUUUAAGCACUUUUUUCUUACAUAUCCUGUUUUAAAAUAUUUAUAGAUAUUUGGAACUGGCAACCAGACUUAAUGGAUGUGCAAAAGCAUUUAUAGAACCAGUUCUUUUAAUUUACAAAAGCCAUUACCAAAAUGGUGUUCUUAUUUUUCCUCCCAAUACCAGUCAGGGAGAAUUUUUCAAAAAAAUAAACAUAAUCAUCCAUAUAUCAUUAUGACAACUUCAAAGGGAAUGUGUGUGUAUGUUUCUGAAAUGAUGUUGGGAUGGGAAUUAAAAUUUAAAGGGAAAAACUUGAAGCUACCUAUUUUUGUUGGUUAAUCAGCAGUGCCUAAACUGAACUUUUGAGAUAAUACAAAAUGCACUUUUAAUUCAUGUGUAUAGUGCCAUCUGAUAUCCUAAUUAAGUCUUGCUUUUUCUUUUCUUUUUCCUUUUUUUCCCCCUCUUAAUUGAAAGGCACAGAGAUGGUUCUUGAUGUCCAUUUAAGUCUUGAGAGCACAGGAAAUGUUUGAUUGUUUCUUUUGUUGAAAUGUGUUGGGUUUCUGUGAUUAUACUUUGAAACAGUGUUUAAGAUUGUGUUUUUAAUCUUAGCCCAAAGGUCUAUUGAGCAAGUGUAACAUUUUUCUACAUAAAACUCAAAAUGUUAAUUACCUGAAAAACGCAAAGAUGCUUCACUAAAUAUUGUUCUCAUUCUUGAUUUGACCUCCAAUGGAUCACAUUUCUAAAUAUAAGAGAAAGCACUAGAAACUUGCAUUAUUGUUGCACCAAGAAAAAAACUGAUCUAUAAACCACGGUAAUAAUAGCACUAUUGGGUGCUUUGCAGUGAGUCAUAUGUAAAAUAAAAAAAAAAAGUUUAUAAAACACAACUUGAGGUGAUUUAUAUAAACCAAAUAAAAGGGCUUUAAGGUAUUAAGGUACUGUUUGCCUAGCAGCCAGGUGGUUAUAAAAUUUUCAUAUGCUUUGGUACAUUGAUAAAUGUUAGCCAUUGUUCUUGAAUGCUUCUUAAAUUGCAUAAGUUGUUAGUUUUGAAAAUUUUCAAGAAUAAUCUAGUUGAAAACCUUUGUAUUAAAGAUACACAUAGAUUUUUGUGAACAUUGCCAGUGUGUAGUGUCAUUUGCUUUCUAUUCUUGACCUCAAAAGUGCCUCACUUGUACAUUAUUUCCAUUAAAAGCUUGACUGCAUUCUUUCUAAUAAGCAAUGAGAAAUUGUUUGACUCAUGUCAUAAUGUAUCUCUUAUGUAAAGUUGAUUAGCUUGAUAGUUUUGAAUAUAUAAUGUAAAUAUGCAUUUGUAAGUUUGUAACCAUUUUUGUUACAUCAUACCCAUGUGAUUGAACAUCAGAUGGUAUAAGAAUUUGUUUUAAUGUUUUUUUUCCCCUGCAAUUACCUGAUUAAACCUGUCAUGAAAUUUAAAA